AUGUCCGAUAUUCAGAAUCGAUCCUCCGCCUCGCGGGGUAGAGUAUCCGCCCGUGGUGGCCGUGGCGGUUUCAGCUCCAGAGGUGGUCGUGGUGGAAACAGAUCUGCAAAUGACAACUCAGACAUCUCAUCCUUUGAGGAGGGUGAAAUUGGACAGAUGAAGAAGAAGUACUCCGACACUCUCCCAACUCUUAAGGAAAUGUUCCCAGACUGGAAGGACGAAGAUCUGGUGUUCGCACUGGAAGACUCGAACGGCGAGCUCUUGGAGGCAAUUGAGCGCAUCAGUGAAGGUAAUGUAUCUCAGUGGGGUGAGGUCAAAAAGAAGACCACAGACCGGACUCGCCCUAAGCCGAAGGAGGCCCCCAGCGCCUCGACCGAGACAACUGCAGCUUCCGCUCGUGGAUCCCGUGGUCGCGGUGGAAUAGAGGGUCGUGGACGUGUUCGCGCAGACCGGGGCCGUGGCGGUCGCGGAGGUCGUGCAGGAGCAGCUACAAAUGGAACUCGCGCAGUGUCCAGUGCCGUAGAGACUCCGGCGCCUACUGCUAUUCCUGCUGUUACAUCGGAGUGGGCUGCGCCCAAGGCAGAGGAUACCGUUGCAGAGCCUUCAGCCGAGGGUGAAUGGGAGUCGACCGAGGCUAAGAGCAGUGUUAUUCCUGAGGGCACAAAGAAGGGGUGGGCGAGUCUUUUCGCCAAACCACCCGCUCCUCCGGUGCAAAAGAAGCCUCAAGCCGCCCCUCCUGUUCCCGCUCUCGAGAAGGCCGCCGAGCCUGUGGCCGAGCCAUCUCCCCCCGCCCCCGCUCCUGAACCUGUGACUGCGCCCGCUGCCUCCCAGAAGACACCCAUCGCCAAGCCCACCCACCCCGUGGUCCCUGCCAUUCCGACCACCACUGUUAACCAUCCUAAGGGCGAUUUGACUGAGACGAACCUCGAACAAAUUCCCGAUGUAUCCGCUCCCGCUCCUACCGCCACCGCCGCAAGCACCAUUGGAAGUGGUCUUCAACGCCGUGUGAUGGAACAGCAGCAGGCUGUGGUCAUGCCCGGCAACCACGCAGUGGACCGUGCUGCGGUUCAAUUCGGUAGCAUGGGACUGAACGGUGAUGCUAUUGAUAUUGAUGAGAACCGUGAAGAGGCCGAGACCCGUGCUCAGCCCCCGCAGCACUCCCCUGUUGCUCCCCGUGCCUCUCUUCCACCCGCGACCCAGGCACCACACUCGAUGGAGACUGGUGCCGCUGGGCGUCCUGCUCCUGGUUUGCCUCCGGUCCCCCAGGGCGCUUCUGCCGACUCUUUUACCGACUUCGCUCGUUACUCCGAGCCCCAGCAGAAGCCAUUCGAUCCGUUCACCCAGCAGGUGAGCCAGCCGCAGCCGCAGAUUCCAGAGCCGUUUGCCAACCAGGCCCCUGCUCAACCCACUGCCACCACCGGCAGCGAGUACUCUCCUUUCUACGCCGCCGAGCAGCAGCGUUUCCCUUACUACGCCUCCUAUGGCUCUUACGGCCAGUCCCAGGAUCCCCCCGCCGGUCCUCGCGCCGGAGCUGGGUUUGGUGUCUCUGGUGCCGAGGCCCAGGCUCAGGUUCCCACCACGCAGCCUCCCAACCGCUACGGCCCUAUUGAUGCCACUAACAGCGGACACAACACUCCCAACCCCACCGUCCCCGGCGCCACUCAGCAGACCCCCGUUGCUCAGCAUAUGCCUGGAACUGCGCAGCAGCAGCACGCAUAUGGCUACCAAUACCCUAACUACUACAACAACCCCCACUACGCUUCCUACAUGAACCAGAUGGGCCAGCAGCAGCAGCAGUACGGUGGUGGUAACCGCCCGAGGUACGAUGAUGCUCGCCGGUAUGAGGAUCACUACAUGCAGCAGCAACAGCAGCAGCACAACCAGCAAUACGGCUAUGGUAGCCAGUAUGGCCCCUACUCCGGUAAGGGUGCCAUGUACGGCCAGCCCCAUGGUGCUUUCUCCUAUGACCAGCAAUCGUCUUCCCCCGCAAACACCGGUAGCUUCAGCCAGGCCAUGCCCAGCCGCGACUCAGUCUACGGCCGCACUGGCUCUGCCCAGCAGUCUGACAACCAGUCUGCUACGGGUGCCAAUGCAUUUGCCCCCGUUGCCGCUGAUGAGACCAAGGGCUUUGAAGCCCCCAAGGCCGGCGGUCCUAGCCCCUCCCUCGCUCAGAACCGCCCAGGAUCCGCCACCAACAGCGUCCCCGGUCAACCCCAGGCACAGACUGGUCUUCCCCCUCUUCAGGGUCAGCAGGGUCAGCAGUCCUUCGGCAGCUACCCUCAGCUGAACCCCCAGUACGGUGGGCUCGGAGGACUCGGUCACCAGGGCGCGGCCACCCAGACUCACCAGGCCUCCGGGUAUGGUAACAACUACGGUGGAGGCUUCGGUAACUACUAUGGAAACUCUAACCGUGGUGGCUGGGGUGGCAACUACGGCCACUAA